AUGGGUGCCGCUCUGCCCCCAGUGGACCUCGCAGGCGCCAGGGCCGUGCAGGUGGCCUGCGGUUGGGAUCACAGCUGUGCUGUGCUGCAGGGCGGAGCUCUGCGGUGUUGGGGUAGGAAUGAUUAUGGGCAGCUGGGAGCCGUGAGCCCGGAAACUAUCGGCGACCAGGCUGAGGAGAUGGGUUCGAACCUUUCAACUGUGGACGUGGGUGCCAACGCCAGCGUGCUGCAGGUGGCCUGCGGCCAGUGGCACACUUGCGCUCUGCUUCAGGGGGGUCUGGUCAAAUGCUUCGGCUACGCGGGCUCAGGUGCUCUUGGCUUGGGAGAUUCGCUGCUCGGCCUCGGGGCGGAAAGCGAGGUCGGGCCCAACCUGCCAGCAACACAGCUGGGUGACGGUAUGCUGGCCGUCGACUUCGCUGCUGGCACCUAUCAUGGGUGUGCCCGGCUUCAGGACGACUCCGUGAAAUGUUGGGGCUGGGGCAGGGAUGGUCAGCUCGGCCAGGGCAGUUCCGAGAAUCUCGGAGACGAGCCCGGGGAGAUGGGUGACGCUCUGCACCCCAUCGACUUGAACAACCUGGGUGUAUGGCAAGUGGUGGCGGGCAAAAGCCACACCUGUGUGAUCCUGGAGGAUGACACUGUCCGGUGCUGGGGCAGGAAUAGUGAAGCGCAGCUGGGCGCUGGCAUUUCGGGAAGCAUCUAUGUUGGCACCGUCAAGGGGCAGGACCGACUCUGCUCCGCUUUUGAGCUGUCUUUCUUCCGCACAUUGAAAGGCUUCAACUGCGUGCUCGCUGCCUCCAUCUUCCAGCAAGCCAGUUUGCAGAGUCUUCCCUUGCAGAUGGGAUCGGCCCUCGUCGAGUCGGAGCUCUUCGUGGUGGCGCCAGGCACCUCGCUGGAAGCCCUACGGCUGGUGGGCGGCCCUACCGAAGGCUGGCUAGAGUUCCACUACAACGGCUCCUCUGGCCUGGUGUGCGACGACAACUUCGACGCUGCAGCCGCUCAGGUGGCCUGCCGGGAAAUGGGCAUGGCCGGCGGAACUCCCCUCUCCUGGAAUGUUGGCAGCGGCACCAUCCUUGCCGACAACGUUGCAUGCAAGGGCAGCGAACUCAGCCUACGACAGUGCCGGUUCCGCGGAUGGGCCCUGCAUGACUGCACCCCACAAGAAGCUGCAGGCGUGCGGUGCCAUUUGGACGCGUGGAGCAAGUUGACAGUCACCGGCAGCCCAGGCGCACGCCAAGACCCUUCCAUGGUUUGGGAUGUGGAAGGGCAGUCUGCGCUGAUGUUUGCCGGGCAUGCCAGCAACACCUUCGAGUAUUUUGCGGACCUCUGGCAAUACAGCUGGCCGGAGUGGGCCUGGACAGAGAUGGUGCUGCCAAGGGAGGCCCUCAGACCAAGCACGCGCUCUGGCCACGCAGCUGUCUGGGUAGCUCGGUCCCGGUCGAUGCUCGUCUUUGCUGGCCGAUUCCUCGGCACUUUUUACAAUGAUGAACUGCAGAGAGAGCAGCACCUGGAAACAGCUACCUGCCCAGAUGGCGCCACCAGCACGGGCGAUGGUGCUGUGCUGAUGUUUGGUGGCGAAAGCAGCUCGGCGAAUCUCGGCGACCUGCACCGCUACAGUCUGGAAGACAGAGAGUGGAGCGCCUCUUCAGCGCUGGGGCCUGCAGCCCGCAGCCGGCACAGCGCCAUCUGGGCGGCCGCUACCCGUUCUAUGCUCGUUUUUGCCGGCUGGAGCGGGCAGCAGUACUUGGAUGGCCUGCACAGCUACGAUGCCUCUGCAAACCGCUGGACCGAACUGCCGGCUGCCGGAUACUGGCCUCCUGCACGUGGGGGGCAUGCAGCUGUGUGGGACCCUGUCUCGAUGAGCAUGUUGAUUUUGGGAGGCAUUCAGAAUCUCAGCAUCAACCUCAGCAACUCCUUUGCAUACACCCUGAGCUACGAUUCCAAACUCUACAACUACAGCCUUUCGACAGGUUCCUGGAAGGAAGAGGGCCAGCGGGGCCAGCGGGCCGAGGAAGCUGAGGAAGCCGGGCUGCCAGCUCCAACGGGCCGCACCGGCCAUGCCAUGGUUUGGGCUGAUGACUCCCGCGGGCUGCUGGCCUUCGGCGGCUUCGAUGGCUCCUACCUGCAAGAGACCUGGCGAUACGUUGCGAGCGAGACUUCUUCACCCUUGCUGCUGAGCUGCCAGGUGGGCCGCAACUGUGAUUUCGACUUCGAGAACACCUCGGGCAUCGCCGCGAAGCGUGCCUGCUCUGACUCCGAGCUUCUGGACGGCUUGCUGCAGGAAGCAGGCUCCGAUCGGGAGAAUGCCCUGACGUUUCAAGCAGCAACAUCUGCGUCGCGGCUGUUUGUGGAGCCAGGGUAUCACCGUCUUUGCUGGUGCGAUGCCGAUUGCAGUCAUCCCAGUGACUUUCAGAUGGCUAUAGGACACUUCAUCGUGCAAGGACCGUAUCUCAACCAAUCCGGCCAGUGCCACUUGGGAUCAGUAUGUGUGGUCCCUGAGUGGCGUGGCAUAGGCAUUUCCACGAACGACAGCAUUAUCAUCAAGAGACGUUGCCUUUCAGGGGAGGCCUCCUCCGGCUACUCGGGGCCCCGCUCCAUCAGCAUCUCCUUCAACGUGGUUUCUGGCUCGUACUCGCUGCACGUGGGACUGCUGGACCCUGCUGAAGGCCUCAAGCCAGAGGUACUGGAGCUCCUUGGCGGCUGUUAA